AUGGCUGCUUAUUCAACAACUAGUACGUAUAUUGGUCAUGAUCUCGUCGACGAUAUCCUCCUAAGUCUUCCGGUGAAGUCUAUAAUCAGAUUCAAGUCCGUCUCGAAGCAAUGGAAAUCGUUAAUCGAAUCCCAUAGUUUCGUCCAGAGACAGCUGAAGAAUCCCCGACGUAAAAUCCUUUUAGCUUUCGGUUGCAGAGACGACGGAGACGGAGACGAUUCUCCGCCGUUUCUUUUCUCCGAAGAAAAAGAGGAAGAAAUAUGCUAUAUCGGCAACUGCGACGCUUCCCGUAUUUCACUGACAUGCGACGGCUUAAUCUGUAUCCCGGGGUCGGAUUCCAUUGAAGUUUGUAACCCGGCGACUAGAGAAUCCCGACAAUUUCCUGCCGGCGAACCCCUCGUCUCGGUCUCGAGUAUGAUCAUACCUCAUGCAGGAACCGGGCGUAUCCCCGUCAGAUCUCUUCCGCACCGUCGAAAAUAUAUAGAUCAUGAACUCGUGCCUAGGUUCCCGACGACAACAAGCUCGUUUGGAUUCGGUAAAGAUGAAGUUACCGGGGCAUAUAAAGUGGUUGAGCUACGUUCCCACCCUAAUCGCUCGCUCAUCGUUGCGGAUUGCAAUGUUCUUGAUCUCCAAACCGGGCGGUGGAGACACGUCAACCUCGUUCCCUAUCGGAUUUUUGUUACGGAAAGAUCCGUCUAUGUGAAUGGUUCCGUUCACUGGUUCACUGUUGAUCUCUGGGAACCAGGGAACGCUUCAAGAAUUGUUGCAUUUAAUCUUCAGCUUGAAGAGUUUAGAGUCGUCUCCCACCCAAACCCUAACUUUUCUUCAGACGACAAUGGCCACACUCCCCAUUUCUCUGAGCUUCUCGUCCUCCGAGAGCGCCUCUCUGUAUCGGAAAUGAGGACCACUAAUGUUCCCCAUGCCCGACUAGAUAUUUGGAGCAUGGUUGAUGUACAAGAAGAAAGAUGGGUUAAGAUGCAUUCAUUGUGUUUAUGCGACCUUUACCAACCACGACCAAGUGAGAUUCAGCUAUUCACGCCCUUGGCGAUUCCUGAUGACCAAGGAGAUGGAGGAGUGCUGAUCAUCUGGGAUUAUCGAGAGUCUUUGUUCAUGUCUUACCCUAACAAUUUCCUCCUUAACAAGGUUUCUGCAUACGCUCGUGUUGUUGCUUCUUCUUACUUCCAAACUCUCGUUACGGUUCACUAA